AUGUCUGUUAAUAGCGAUUUGUUGGUUGAAGACGCUUUAAAGGCUCGUAAACGAGCGUUGGCAGGGUUGCAGAAGGUACACGAGGCGGCGACAAGAGAACGAAAGACGACUGACCUAGGGGCGGGUCGAUUUUCGCUGAACCGACCGGCUCAGAAGGACCAAUUGAAUGCGCCGAAUUUCCGUAACGUUGGGUAUGCGAUCGAUGGGCCGUUUGAUUCUGGGCCUAAUCUAAAUGGGCCUGGCAUAGAUGGUGUGGCAGACGGUCUCCGUGGAUCUCCGUUUGGUGGGCAGAAGUCAAAUGGGCUGCAAAUUGAAGCUAAAAAAUUAUUAAUUCCUGGAGGAGAAGAGCCGAACAUUUCUGAUUGCAUUUCGAAAAUUCAGAAUGCAAAUGUUAAUAUUGUUGUUGAGAAUGGAAUUAACAAGCAGUCUACCGAUUCUAAAUGCACUUGGGCUUCGCUAUUUGAGACCUCUUCGGAAGGAUCUCUUCUCUAUACUCCACCCAAAACUAUUGGGGAUAAAAAAUUGUUGUCAUUCCAACUGAAGAGAUUAGGGAAAAUACCUAUGGAGUUAUGGAUAGAAGCUGGGUUGGCUGUUGUAGCGAGUGCUGUGGGUAAACCUAUUUCUUUAGAUUUGGCCACAAAAGAGCAUCGUAGGCUCUCAUAUGCUCGUGUUUGUGUUGAAUUAAAGGGAAAGUCAAAUAUGCCUGCUGAAAUUACUGUUAGUCUCAGAGGAGUGGAAUUUAAUGUUUCGGAGGAGGUUGUGCAUAAGAUUGUACCUGGAAAAGGGGAUGGUCUAGAUAGUGAACCAUGUGGGGAAGUUGUUCUAGAAUCGUUCAAACAGUUAGAGGAAGGUGAAAUUAGAAGCUCUCCUAAUAGACAUAGUAGUCAAGUGAAGAAGGAGGUGGGGAAAAGUGAUGAAUUUACACUUGUAACUCGCAAGAAGAGUGACUUAGUCUCUGUUAAAGAUCGUGGUAAGAGAAAUGAGGUGAUUAUGCCAAACUCUUUUGGUAGUCUCUUGGAGGUGGGUGACGCUGACAAAUGGGCAUUAAAUAUAAUAGAGGGCUCACCGCCACCCUUACAGGUCGAUGAAGGUAAUGAUGUUCUAAGUGGUGGUAGUUCUAUUAUUGGUCCUAAAGGAUUACCUAUGCUUAAUAAUCCUCAUGAUUAUUACAGUAAUAGUGGUGUGGGUCGGAUUUGGGUGAUGUGGAAGAAGAAUCGCUUUUCUUUCUCUACUUGUGCGGUGGAUGAGCAGUUUAUUACAGGUACGUUAACAGAUCUGUUAUCCGGUGUUUGUGUGGAGGUGUUCUGUGUUUAUGCCUCUAACAGUAAUAUUGAGAGACGAUUAUUAUGGCGUCGGUUAGUGGAGAUUACUGCUGCUUGGUCGAGACCAGGGGUUGUCAUGGGAGAUUUUAAUGCUAUUAGAGUUCAUUCUGAAGCAUUUGGGGGAUCUCUUAGUCGGGAUGAGAUGGAGGAUUUUGAUUUGGCUAUUCGCGAUGCUAAUUUAGUAGAGCCUUCGGUGCAGGGAAAUUGCUUUCAAUUAAAUAGUAAAGUGGUGUCUUUUCGGUUCUUCAAUCAUUGGGUGGAGGAUCCUUCUUUUAUUGAGGUGGUUGCUAGGAUUUGGAGUCGACAUGAGGGUGUCUCUCCUCUAGUGAGCCUUAUGAGAAAUCUCCAUAAUCUCAAACCUGCCCUCCGUAGGCGUUUUGGUAGACACAUCCAGAGACUUAGUGAGGAGGUUCGCAUUGCUAAGGAGGGCAUGGAUAGGGCUCAGAGAGAGGUAGAACGUAAUCCUAUGUCGGAUGUUUUGAGUCGUCAAGCAGGCCUUGCUACUGAAUCCUUUUGGACAGCAGUUAGAUUGGAAGAAGCUUCGCUUCGUCAGAAAUCCAGAAUUCAAUGGUUAAAUCUUGGUGAUCAAAAUACGGCCUUUUUUCAUCGAUCUGUUCGCUCGCGUAUGAGUCGUAAUUCUCUGCUUUCUUUAGUUGAUUCCGAUGGAUCUAGGGUUGCUCAUGAUGGGGUGCUCAGCUGGCAGUUAAUUAUUUUCGUAACAGUUUGGGAUCUCAGGUUCGGCUAUCGAGAAUUGACCCCUGUAAUUGAUGAUAUUGUUCAGUUUCGGUGGCCUGAGAAGUGUUGUCAGGCAUUACAGUUACCGAUUAGUCGGGACGAAGUUAGGAGAGUCUUAUUCUCUAUGGAUAAUGGAAAGGCUCCCGGUCCUGAUGGGUUCUCUUCAGGUUUCUUCAAAGGUACCUGGACUGUGGUGGGAGAAGAUUUUUGCGAUGCGGUUCUGCAUUUCUUUGAGACUUGUUAUCUUCCAUCAGGAGUUAAUGCUACUGCUAUUACCCUCAUUCCUAAGCGUAGUGGGGCUGAGCGUAUGGAGGACUUUCGGCCUAUUUCUUGUUGUAAUGUGUUGUACAAAUGCAUUUCUAAAAUUUUGGCUGAUAGGCUUCGUUUUGGUUUGUUGAUUGCUAUUGGUACUCCUUUGAAGUUUGUGAGUUGGAUUAGGGCCUGUGUUACUUCACCUAUGUUCUCUAUUAUGAUUAAUGGCUUGUUGGAGGGGUUUUUUCAUGGCAGGAAAGGUGUAAGACAAGGUGAUCCUUUAUCUCCUUUCCUUUUUGUUAUGAUGAUGGAAGUUCUUUCUUGUAUGUUGAACAAGAUUCCACAGAGUUUUCUUUUUCACCAUCGCUGUGAAAAGGUGAAGUUAAAUCACCUGACCUUUGCUGAUGAUCUUAUGAUAUUUUGUGCUGCUGAUGAAUCUUCUCUCAGGUUUAUUCGAGAGUGUCUUCAAAAGUUUGGUGAACUUUCGGUAUGGGUUGUCCUUGGAAAUCUCCCUGUUCGUUAUCUUGGGCUUCCUCUUCUUUCUGGUCGGUUACGUUCUAGUGAUUGUGCUCCUCUUAUUCAACGUAUCACUAGUCGUAUUCGAUCUUGGUUUGCUCGAGUUCUUUCAUUUGCUGGUAGAUUGCAGCUUAUUCAUUCUGUGCUUCGUAGCCUUCAAGUAUUCUGGGCCAGUGUGUUUGUUCUUCCUGCGUAUGUGCAUAACAAGGUGGACAAAAUUCUAAGGUCUUAUCUUUGGAGGGAUAAGGAGGAAGGAAGAGGAGGUGUUAAGGUGGUAUGGGUAGAAGUGUGUCUACCCUUUGAGGAGGGUGGCCUUGCUAUUCGAGAUGGCCCUUCAUGGAAUCUUGCGAGUACUUUGAAGAUUUUGUGGUUAAUGUUGACAAAUUCGGGCUCUCUUUGGGUGGCUUGGGUGGAGGCUUAUAUUCUAAAGGGGAGGUCGUUGUGGGAAGUGGAUAGUAGGGUGGGUCGGUCUUGGUGUCUUCGGGCGAUCUUACGUAAGCGUGAGAAGCUGAAGCAUCAAGUGAGGAUGGAGGUGAGACAUGGUAGUACAUGUAGAGUAUGGCUUGAUCCGUGGUUACAGGGUGGUCCCAUUCUUGAGUAG